GCUGGAUCCCAGUUUUCAUGCUUUUCAGAGCGGUGCACAGACCCACAGGUGAGGCUCCAAAACACUGCACCAACGUGAGUCAGAGAGGUCGUUCUCACAACGCGUUUGCACGGCGGUCUGAGCGCACACACACAUGCAGGGUAUUCAUGUUCACACAACACGCUGCUCCUGCUGCUGCUGCUGAUGGGAGGGAAGUUUGAUCCUGUUGGCACUCCCCCUCUCCCCUCCGCUUUGUUUUGCCUCAUUAUUACAUUUCUGGACCCAAUUAUGCGGGUCAUUCCGAGAAAUACAAUCCGUCGAUGCACAUUAUUGACUGGAUUUGUUUUGGGGAGGGUGCUCGUGUAAUCUGAUCAAACCGUGAAAACAAUUAUGGAUCAUGAAAACUUUAGCCGUCAUUAAUGCGUAGAUGCAAAUUCCUUUGCCACAAAUUCAAUGAACAAGAUAUAACUCAUAGUUGUAAUCUAGACUGCUUGCCAAAACUGUAAUUGUGUUUGUGUUACCCUACAUGCCCGAAUCCUGCAAAUUCGGCGGUAAUAGAUUAGGGGAGAGUGGGGUGAGUUGAGCCAAAGGGUAAGUUGAGUCACCCCCUGUUACUUGGAAAUGGUAAAAGAAAUCGAUUAUGUGACCAAAUAUUUAGGAGAUGGGCAUCAAUUCAUGGAGUCUGUGAAGGUUAGAAGCACAUCCCACUGAGCAAUAGACGGCUAUUAAACGUCUAAUUUUUUUAGACGCAAUUUCAACCAUCUAGAUUCUGUAUAUUUUUAGAUGGAAUUUAGAUGUUGCACUUUAACCCAUUAUUUGAUAACUAUUUAUUUCAAAAAGCAACUUUGAGUUGCAUAACUGAUCUCCUUGUACUUAACUAAGAUAAUAGUUAGCUAGUUUAAAAUUGGUCUAAAUUUAGACGUCUAAAAAACUUUAAUUUUUAGACCUGUGGUAGCCUGAUUUUAGACCAGUUGUCUAGGCUACAUUUAUAUGUCUAUUAGACCUCCUUUAGACCAAAGAAUGCUCAGUGGGAUGGGUGAAGGGGUUAGACAUUUAUUUCCAAAAACCAUUUUUCACUCUUGAAAGUGAAUUUAGUCUGUCAUAAGUUUUAUUAGAAUUGUGUUCGGACCAAAAAAGAUAAUUUUAAAUUUGUUUUGUACAUCAACUGUGGUAUCUAUUAGCUACAACAUGAGGUCAAAAACCAACGUAAAAGUCCAACAUUUUAGCUCAGGGGACUAAUAAAGUCAUAAUAGUAGUUCUGUGGUAAGUUGAGCCAGUGGAUCAACUGAGAAAGUAAAGAAGUCUGAUGAGAGGAUCAGAGUUUCAGUUCAGAUUGUUGAAAUGUGUUAUUUUUCUCCCCUGUAGCUGUAGUGCUUUUAUUUUGAAGGACACAAAAGAUGGCGUGAGCGUGGACUCAAAGGCGCAUGCGCUGUGUAGGAAGCGGCAUACACAAGCUGUUGGACUCAGGAAAUGGGAAUGAGUGAGUACAAACACCCAAAAUGUAGAUAUCCUCUUGGCAGACGUUUUAAACCGAGUUGUACUCACUUUCGUUUAGACUGGUACAUGCUUUUAAAACUUCACUCGAAACCUCCCCUUUGAAUUAUGUCACCGGAAGUUUUCUCGGUGUUGUUUAGCUGACUUCUGGCUAAUCUGCUAACUAGUUGUUUUAGCUCGGUAAAGGUGGAGGAUAGUCCGGGUAAAGUUUGAGUCUACCCUUCACAGUCGGUUUUCUCUCUCGGUGUGAGCAGAACACGUCGAGAGCGCCACAUGGAGGCGGUGCUGAAAAACUUGGGGAGCUCGGUGGAGCUGCUCGCCGUCGCUGCGCACAGCUGUGUGGUGGAGCAGUGGGAUAAACAGACUCUGACCCGAGCCUUCCACUGGGCACACUACUGCGAAAAUCUCUUCUCCAGGUUUCAUAAGAACGCUGCUAUAAGGAGGAUUAUGGAAAAGCAGCUGCAGCUCACAAAUCAAACUUUAGGAGCUACUUUUCCUGCCUACUCAGAAAUCUCCUUCUCGGACCUUUCCCAGUGUCAGCACCUGUUGCUCGUCGGGCUUUUGAACAACCCUGAUCUGCCAGUUUCCAUCAUCAAGAUCCUCUUCGACAGUGAGAAGACUGCACACGCCAAGGAGAGAGAGUACCAGGAUGUCACAGGUCUCUGCAGUCGAAUCGUCCUGUGCAAAUCAGCCUGCAAACUCCUGAGUCCUCUCACGGACCUGUCAGCUGUGGGUGCCGCUGAUGCUGAGGUGCAGGGAGCCAUGCUGAUGGAGAGACUUGGCGCUCUGCUGAGCCAAGGCAGUGAAGCAUGCGAGCCUGAGCUCUUUUUGGACUCCAUCCUCCAAGGACGCGAAGGAGAAGCAGAGCACUUCUGUCUGGUCAUCGCUGCGGCUUUGCUGACAACAAAAAACUCAGAUGCUGAAACUGCAGCACAGGAUUUUCUUUUGGACUGGCUGCGGAAAAAACACAAACUGCUGCAGCACAUGUGUUCAUCACUGCCUCCUAAACUUCUUACCAAGCUGGCCAAAGAACAGCAAACAUUCAGAAACUCAUACUGUGAGGUGCUGAAGAAAUGGGCGUCAGAUAUGGAGUACAGCGUAACUGAAGGUGAAUGGGUUCAGACCGGCACAAACCAAACUGUUUCCUUUCAAAAACUGACAGAGCACUUCUUGGCUUUGUUCUCAACCUGUCCCUCUCAGAGGAAGGAUGUGGAAAAAGAACUAAAAGCUCUGAAACUUUAUGAUGGAUACUUUGAUGUCAGAGGUCUGAGUGUUUGGGGAGACCUUCUGUCAGCCUUGAAUAGCUGACUGUCAUCCUUUUAUUCUCAUCAAAGCUGUAUUGUUUACAUCUUUAUGUGGUAAUUUUUGAGAUCUGAGUACAAAUAUUUAUAAUUUAACAUGAAUACUUCAUACCUUCAUGAUGUCAAAUAAAAUGUACUGACAGCACAGCUUAAUAAAAGUAGCUGAAGAAUGAAGUUUGGCAGUAAAACUCUCAGAUAAUCUCCUUUUUUUUUUUGUCACACAUUUCAUUUUUUCACUUAAGUUCUUUAUUAAUGAGGAUUUGAGAUAUGACGUGCUACAUUAGUAUAGAAACUAGGGGUGUCCCGAUACGAUAUUGACACCGGAUAUCGGUCCGAUAUCAGUAAAAAAUCGAAUAUUGGAUUAUAUUGCCCUCCAUCUAAAAUCUCCGAUAUCACGAUCUGAUACAGGCACCUCCUAUCUAGCAGUGCCCUGAUUCAGCAUGUAGAGCCCAUGUAAUCACAACAACAGUGUGAACCAAAGAACCAAGGAGUAGGAUUGAUGUUGGCCCUAUGUCAGUAUUUUUCAUUAAAGUCUGAAAAAGACGUUGCAGCUAGGUGCAAAACUUGUCAUGCAGAAGUUUGUGCUAAUAUCGGAUCAUUUUCGGUGUCAGUCAAUAUUGAAGGCAGCAAUAUCGGUAUUGUAUCGAAGGUGAAAAAGUCAAAUCGCGACACCCCCUGAUAGAAACUUUGGUGUUUUCAGUGAAAUGAAAGCGUUGGUGCACAGAAGUUUUCUUCGUCCUGGAGUUAAUUUAUCUUUGUAAAGGAAAAACAGCCUUAGGUUUUCUAUGAAUUACACAGAACUCCUGAAUGCUGACAGGUUAUUCACAGUGGACCCCUUUUUCAUUUUAACUAUCGAUGCUUCACUCUGUGGUCUUUUCAGCUUUCAAAAUCUAAUCAUAUACAAAGUAACACACCCAGCAUAAUUUGUAAUUUACAGGAUUGACUUUUGUAAAAAAUCUGAAAUUUUGAGAAAAUUCUGUUGGAAAAAAAUGUCAUAACUAAAUCUUGUUUGAUUACUUUGAGUGUAAAGGAAGAUCUGAACACAUAUGAGCACAAUAUAAAGAAUAGCAUAAAUCACAGGGUUUGGACAGAUGCUGUAACAUGUUGCCUUGUAAUGAGGAGCAGCACAUGACCUGAGUGGACCAAAGGGAGCGUAAUUGUUCAGCACAGAAUAGUUUACAUGUUAUAAAUUGGUCUUUGGAGACUUUAGGCUUUGUGUACAAUCAUAAAUUUAAUUUACUACCAAACACAUAUAGAUUUGCAGUUUUAAAUUGCUUGUAUUGCUGUCUGUUUUUAAUAGAAAGUGUUCUUACAUUGUGCAAACCUGCAGAGAGAGGUGGAUUUGAGUAUGGAGUGUCUUUUUAAAGAAUCAGCUGUGAAAAAAGUACUUUACACAAAGAAAAUGAAUCCAUUGUCUGAUGUAAUUUUCUGACUGUUCGCACCUAAAAUCAUUUCUCUCACACCAUCUGUCAGUAUUGCCUUUUUGCCACAAAGCUGUGCUCAGUCUGAAUCUAAAAAUUUUGAUUGGUCUCACGCCAGUCAUGUGACUGGACUGCCAAUUCACACAUCUCAGCGCUUGCCCAUGUGUCAGAGCACCUCUGCGGCGAGAGAUCAGUUAGUCAGAUCAGGCGUCUUCAAUCAAAGCCUGCACAAUAGCUGGUGUGUGACAUAACUCUGGCAGACAGCGGAUUAGAGACCGGUCCGCCGCAUGCAGGGAAACACCAACACGACCACGGCUCGUUUAACACGCCGUGAAAGCAAUUCACGUAGAGACAGACACGGGUCAGUGAGUUAAGGGCAGCAUAUACACAACCAAUUUAUUUCCACCAGUGAGGAACAUAUGCAUGUGUCUGGAUGAAAACCAACAGUGGUUGAAGAGAUUUCAUCAGCUCUAUGUUGUUAAUGUAUGCAGAGUCACUUCCAGCAGAUUUUCAUUGUGUAAAUAGAGAUCACAUCUGAGCCAGUAGAGUUUAUAAAAAAAUUAGUCAAAGAGAAAUAUUUCAGGCACAACUAAAUGAUGAAGCUUUCCAUCCUCCUCAUGUUUCCAGGCAGCACAGUCUCAUUAAGCCUCUGGGAGUGAUGGAUUUCUUUCAUUUAUAGAUUUUGUGUUUCUCACUCUUCUCCACAGCUUUCCACAUCGCUGGCAGAGAGUGUAAGCAGCCAUGGUGAUGAUUCAGAGGUGUUACUGUCUGAUUAAAAUAAGAGGCCCAUCAGAACAGUCACACCACAGUAUGUUUCUACUGAGGUAUCUGAUCUGUAGCAUGUUAACCUGUUAUUUACACAUGAUUUAUAAUUAACAACCUUUACUUUGAAUUAGGGGCCAAUUAUCAGGGUCUUUCUCCAAGUGAGGAAAUCUACUUGAACCACUCUGUAGUAUUUUUAUUUUAUCUCACUUAUUUUUAAUUCAGUGUCUUAUUGUUCUGCUUCAGUGUGGGAUGACAAACUGCAGAGAGACGUGCUGAGGGCGACUGUUGUUCUGCUGCUCCUAAAGGGGCCGUGAAGGAUAGCAUUCAUUAAAACUCAGAUCCAGCCCCCAUCUGGCAGUGUGAAUAGGGAGUCCUCUGAGGGGCGGGGGUGGAGGGGAGGGGGUGAGGUGAGAGCCCUCCCUCGGCACGUGCCUAAGCCGCUCCAGCCUGGCCCUCAUCUGGCCCCGGUGACAGAUCGCAGAGGCGGGAGGGCCCCUUAACACACCUGUGUCCCACUCAGAGGAUGCUGAUGAUGAGCAGCAGCCUGCAUCAGGCAUGCGCUGAGGAAGGUGAAUGAUGUGGUCGCUGUGAGGAAAGAUGAAUGCUUCUUAACAUGGGGAGUGUAGUUUUUCUACUGAGUCAUGCAAAAUGUUUUUUGCAACUUUUGAAGAAUGGGAUGAAAUACAGUCACAUUGUCCUCUUUAGGACAUCCUAGAAAAACUGCACUGUCAGACACCCCAGUGAGGCGCUGUGGUUGCAGAAUCUGCUUUAUGUUGAGAGAGGCAGGAAGGGGUCAAA